AUGCACUUCUGGCGAUGGCCUUCGGCGACCUGCUCCCGGAAGCGGUUGAGGAGAUCGCUGAAUUGGUCGACGCUGGCGACCCGUCAGGAGUCUGAGUCCUCAGCCUUGUUGGGUGCACGCGCUGCCAUUGCACAUGCCAUUGAGCAUGCGGCAACUGUCUUAGCGGAGCAGGACGCGAAGAGCGAAAGCUCUGCGGUGAUCGGCGCACGGGCGGCGAUCGCCCUGGCGAUCCAGAAAGCGGCUGAGACGUUGAGAGAGGCACAGGAGUUGCAAGAGGCGCAGGAGGUGGAGGACCAACCGCAUGAAGAAGACCCAGAAGAGAUUCAACCAGAAGUUCAACCAGUUCAGCCAGAAGUUCAGCCAGAAGUUCAACCAGUUCAGCCAGAAGUUCAGCCAGAAGUUCAGCCAGAAUUUCAGCCAGAAGUUCAGCCAGAAGUUCAGCCAGAAGUUCAGCCAGAGUUGCCACCGGAGGUGCCUGAGGUACAGCCUGAGGUGCCCGAGGUACAGGUGCGGCAUGAGGUCGAGAUCGAGGUGGAGUCUGAGGACGAGCAAACCGAGGCCGAAGUGCGGCUUCCUGUGAAGCGUACGCCUUUCACGAAUUCCCUGGCGACGCGGAGCGAAGUGCGGAACUUCGCAGAGUCCUUGACCGCAGCGAUCUUCAGGGCCUCGAAGUUGGCCAAGAGUCGCGAAGGUGCAAAGACUGGAUUGCAGUGA